GUAGUUCCGGGUGGCGGAGGAUAGGGCUGCUCCUGGCUUUCGUCACUCGCCACCGCCCCUUCCGCGGGUGUCUCACGUAGUAUCGCGAGAGUGCUGUAGCCAAUGAAAAGGUGGAGUUGACAGCUCCUUCGCCGCCCUUAACAAUUGCUGCGAGGUUGAAACCUGCGUGAACCUGGUCGGUAUUCUUGAUCUGCGGCUUCCUCUCUCCGUAGGCUUCUCCAGUCGUCCAGAACCAAGACCACUUAGAAAAAUGGAAGGUAAUGGAUCUAUCGACAUGUUCUCAGAAGUCCUAGAGAACCAGUUCCUGCAGGCUGCUAAGCUAGUGGAAAAUCACUUGGACUCUGAAAUUCAGAAACUGGACCAGAUCGGUGAAGAUGAACUGGAGCUGCUCAAAGAAAAGAGACUGGCAGCGCUCAGGAAGGCUCAGCAACAGAAACAAGAGUGGCUUUCCAAAGGGCACGGGGAGUACAGAGAAAUCGGCAGUGAGAGAGACUUCUUUCAAGAAGUCAAGGAGAGUGAGAAAGUGGUUUGCCAUUUCUACAGAGACACCACAUUCAGGUGUAAAAUACUAGACAGACAUUUGGCAAUUCUGGCCAAAAAACAUCUUGAAACCAAGUUUUUGAAGCUGAAUGUGGAAAAGGCACCAUUCCUCUGUGAGAGACUGCGGAUCAAAGUCAUCCCCACACUAGCUCUCUUGAGAGACGGCAAGACACAAGAUUAUGUUGUUGGAUUCACCGACCUAGGAAAUACAGAUGACUUCACUACAGAAACUUUAGAGUGGAGACUGGGUUGUUCUGAUGUUAUCAAUUACAGUGGAAAUUUAAUGGAGCCACCAUUUCAGAGCCAAAAGAAGUUUGGGACAAACUUCACAAAGCUGGAAAAGAAAACUAUCCGAGGAAAGAAAUACGAUUCCGAUUCUGAUGAUGAUUAGACCAUGCUGUACUUUAAAGCCUCUGUUUGUCUGUUUGUCUACUUCAGAGUUAAGUGUGUUUUCUAAAUCCCACUAGUUUCGGCCCAUUGACCAUCUGAUACUCUUAUCCCAGCGUGUACACUGUUUGACCAUUUUGUCUGUGGUCAUGUAUAACUUGAGAGGAACAGAUAUUUUGAAUUACCUGGGAAAGGUCUGAAUUCUCUAUUUUUGUGAUUGAUUUUAUCAUAACGUGAUUCUUCUAUCUUUAAACCACUCACAUUUCUGUUUAUUUCUAUUUCUGCAUUAGAAAUAGGAAUUCCACCAACUAUUGUAAGACCCAGUGAGUGCUGACUAUGCACCACGUUGGGUACCAUUCCCUGGGCACCACAUGCACUUACUUGUCAGUGAUCUGCAUCAUGGAAUGGGUGUCAGGAACUAUUAAAGACUUACCCAUGUAUUCUGCAUACAGCAUGGUAAAUCUGCUGAUAGCAGCAGGAAACU